UUCGAUGUUGUGGUUGUUGUUUGGUAAUUUGGUUACAUUUUUAAGAAAAACUGUACUUUUUAUUUUUAUCACGUACGACAACAAUUUUAGAAGAAAACAGUUGUGUGAUUAAUAUUUAUUUUGUGAUAAGCAUGUCGUUGGAUACAUUGAAAUUUGAAAACGGUUUGUGUAGAUGUUGUCACAGUGACGGGAAUCACAGGAAUUUAGCGGAGCCCUGGAUGCAUCUGGGACGGCAAGAGAUAUAUGUUGAUAUGUUGCAGGAAUGCCUUAAUAUUAGAGUUAACUCAGUACAAGGACCGUUAUGUACAGUUACAUACACUAUAUGUGAGGAUUGCAUACUAAGGUUGCGUGAUGCAUGCAACUUCAAGCAGCAAGUGGAGAAAUGCGAAGAACAGUUCUAUGUGCUGUAUGCCCAGAAUGCCAUCAAAUUGGGUUCCAGUUAUGGUAUCGAUGUAAAAGAAGAAAAAACUGAAGAUGCUACCGAAGUAGAUAUUAAGCCAAAUAUGUACCCAUUCGAUGAAGCCGAUGACGAUUUGGAUUACAGUCACGAUGGAGAUGACCGCGAUUACGAUGUGGAAAUCGAAAUCAAGAAAGAGCAAAAGUCUCGUACCAAAAAGGUGAAAACGAAAGAUAAAUCCAAGGCCAAACCGAAGGGAUCGCCACGCAAACACGCCGUCAAAUCGAAAGGAGAAGACGCGGAGAAAGAGAAAAAAGGGGACGCACUACACACUCCCUUUGUCACGUUAGAAGAGGGUGGCCGCAAAAGAUACCAAUGCACAAUAUGCCAGAAAGUGUUCAAUGCUCGCGAUCUGUUCAGCCAGCACUACAAGCAUGUACACUUGAAACUGAGGCCGAAACUUCGCUCCUGCUACUUAUGCCCAGUCAAGGUGCCGACGGAUUCGAGGUCUAAGCACUUGGAAGAAGCCCACGGAGUUCCGAGGCCGACUUGCAAUGCUUGCGGUAAAAAGUUCUCGUUCCCUAAUCAGGUGCUACGACACCACAGAGCUUACCAUAUGGCCGAAAAGUUGUUCCAGUGUCCGAUAUGCGAUGUAAAAUGCGAGACAAGAUUUCAAUUAAAGCGCCACUCAGACAAGCACUCGCCGAAGAGACCUUACAAAUGCGAUUACUGCGACAAAUCAUUCAAAUGGAAGAAGAAUCUGAAAACACAUGUAAUGAUACAUCUAGAUGAACGCCCGCACGUCUGUGAGAUAUGCGAAGAGGCGUUUGUGCAGCAGUCGAGUCUAAAAUACCAUAUGACGAAGAAACACGCGGAGUUUCAUUGUUAAGUUUGUUAUAAUAGCAAUAAAAAUAUAUUCUGUAUUGUUUUUCGUUAUUCAAUUCGUGUAUGUCGUAUGAAAGAUGUAGAAACGUGUGAUUUAUGUUUAUUAUAAUAAUUAUUAGAAAAAUAAGUUUGUUAUUAAUAUAGAAGUUUGUUUUUAUAAUUGUCUUGU